GGUCCUAUUGAGAAAAUUCACAACACAGAGGAAAAUAAAGUCAGCUUAAGCUAAGUUCAGUGCAGAGAAAUGAAGAGCAAGAUUAGAGUUUUAUUUGAAUCAUUUAUAUCAUGUGGAAAACCUUCUAAAGGAAAUGACAAAGACCAAGAACCAGUUUCUCUAGAUGAAUCCACAGUAGAUGCACAAGGACAAAGACAAGAACAAGAACAUCAAGAUAAACCAAAAGAUUAUGCACAAAGACAAGGAUUACUAGUGAAAGAUGAACAAAAAAAUGCACAAUUAGGGCAAAUGGUGGAAAAUGCAAAAGUAGAACAAGUAGAAAGGGUGUUUGUAAUGGAAUCUAAAGUAAAAAUAACAACAUAUAGAAACAUAGGAACAACUUCACAACAAGCAAAACGUUCACGCCAACGAGCACCUCCUGGUUUUAAGACCGGCAGCAGGGAUCUUAUGUGAUAAUUCAAUGUCGACUCGUUUGUUGUUAUGUAUUAUUUCAUAAUAUAUUAUAUUAUUAUGUUGUA